GUGGGCUUUGAAGCACAAGGAAUUCAGAUACCAGCUGCUCCAAUAGUAAGGAGACAACCCAUUCCCAUAACCUGUAACCUCCCGCUCUCUCUUCUCACUAGCUCAUAGCCACACCCAUCACUCUCCUAUAUCUACACCCCCCAAACCCAAACAAUUCUUUUUUAACACCUUUCUCAUCUAAGGAAACAAAACAACACACUCCCUUCCCUCCGCCAGUCUUCCCUAAACCCAAUCCAAUUACCCUUUCCCCCUAAAAACAAAGACACCAUGUCCAUACACAGCAUACACUAGUACUACCAUCUCGGAAGUUGUAACUAACUCCAACAAAAAGGUUAGUUAGUUGGUGUGUUAACCGCUAAUUGAAUGGAGGAGUGCCAGUGCCACACGGUGUUUGGCAAGUAUGAAAUGGGGAGGCUUCUCGGGAAAGGCACGUUUGCCAAGGUGUACUACGGGAAGCAAAUAGCCACGGGUGAAAGUGUGGCGAUUAAGGUGAUCAACAAGGAGCAGGUGAAGAGAGAAGGCAUGAUGGAACAGAUCAAGCGCGAGAUUUCGGUGAUGGGCCUCGUCAAGCACCCGAAUAUCGUGGAGUUGAAGGAGGUCAUGGCCACCAAGACCAAGAUCUUCUUCGUCAUGGAGUACGUUCGCGGCGGUGAACUCUUCGCUAAGAUCUCCAAAGGAAAGCUCAAAGAAGAUGUCGCCAGAAAGUACUUCCAGCAAUUGAUCAGCGCCAUUGAUUUCUGCCACAGCAGAGGCGUUUCUCACCGCGACCUCAAGCCGGAGAAUCUCCUCCUCGACGACGACGAGAAUCUUAAGAUAUCCGAUUUCGGACUUUCCGCCUUGCCGGAGCAGUUGCGCUAUGACGGCCUUCUCCACACGCAAUGCGGAACUCCUGCUUACGUGGCACCGGAGGUGCUCCGUAAGAGAGGCUACGACGGAUCCAAGGCUGACACGUGGUCCUGCGGCGUCAUCCUCUACGUGCUGCUCGCAGGGUUCCUUCCCUUCCGCGAUGAGAAUCUCAUGACCAUGUACAAUAAGGUUCUCAGAGCGGAGUUUCAGUUUCCUCCGUGGUUUUCACCGGAAGCGCGAAGGCUAAUUUCGAAGAUCAUGGUGGCGGAUCCGGAGAGGAGAACCACCAUUCCAGCGAUCAUGCGAUCGCCAUGGUUCCGGAAAGGUUUUCCGGUACCUUCCGCGUUGGAAUUGGAAGAAAAGGAGAAGGUUGAGGAAAUUUUGGAAGAUUCGAGAACGAAUGACAAGGUUUCGUCGCCGAAAUUCUUCAACGCGUUCGAGUUUAUCUCGUCGAUGUCGUCCGGAUUUGAUUUGUCUGGACUGUUUGAGAGCAAGAGGAGGAGCGGAUCGAUGUUCACUUCGCGGUGUUCGGCGCCGGCGAUCGUGGCGAAGAUCCUUGCAGCGGCGAAGGGGAUGAGGUUCAGGGUGGCGGAGGUGAAGAACUUCAGGAUAAAGCUGCAGGGGCCAUCGGAGGGGAGGAAGGGGAGGCUGGCAGUGACGGCGGAGGUGUUCGAGGUGGCGCCGGAGGUUGCCAUCGUGGAGCUCUCGAAAUCCGCCGGCGACACCUUGGAGUACGUUAAAUUCUGCGAGGAGGACGUUAGGCCCGCAUUGAAGGACAUUGUUUGGACUUGGCAAGGUGACGCCACGUGUAACGGUAACCUCACCGCUGGUCACGGUGGGGAAUGUCAACAGCAAGAGGUCGUUGCGUAAUUAAUACAUAAUUAGUUAGGAUAAUAACCGAUAUACCAUAAGAUAGAGUUUCUUUCAAGUUUUGGCCAUUUUCCUUCACCUUUUUUAUUUGUUUUUUCACUUUCGUCUUAGUGCCCUCCUGCCUGCCUGCCUGAUUUUUUUUGGAAAGAUUGGGCAGUUUGCUUCCUAUCACGUGAGGAUGUACAUAAAUUGUAAGUAAUAUUGUGCAAAGUUAAAUACGGAAUAGUUGUUGAUUUCGUCUGCA